AUGGACCAAUCCAUCUUACGAGGCCUGAAUGACAAAAUCUAUGAGAGACGGAAAGCUGCUGCGCUAGAGCUGGAGAAGUUGGUCCUUUCUUCUGACAUUCCUCGCAUAUCAGCUAUAAUCGAUCAACUAUGUGGCAUGUUCAGUUCCUCCAAUUCAGCACUUCAUACUCGUAAUGGAGGCCUGAUCGGUCUCGCUGCUACUGCUAUUGCAUUGGGACAAGAUGUAGCUCCUUUUCUUGGUGUAAUUAUACCUCCUGUGUUAGCAUGUUUUCAAGACCCAGAGUCUAGAGUACGAUAUCAUGCUUGUGAAAGUCUCUACAACAUAGCUAAAGUUAGCAAAGGGGAGAUAUUGAUACAUUUCAACGAAAUCUUUGAUGCGCUCUCAAAACUUUCUUCAGACUCAGAAAUGUCUGUCAAGAACGGAGCGGAAUUAUUGGAUAGAUUAAUGAAAGAUAUAGUAGCUGAAGCAGCUCCACAUUACGUUUCCAUCUAUCCUGGUAAUUAUAACCCUAAUCUACCAAAUCCUCAUCGACCAGAAACCGAAAUGAUCAACAAUGCUACGUCCAAAAUGGCAGGAUUAGGCAUAUCCAACGGUCAUAAUGGUGAAUCCACCCUAUCCGGUGCACAAAACACUGUUGGAUCAAAGGAGAAAGACGGUAAAUUAGAUACUGACAGUAGUCCCAAAAUCGGUUUGGAAGGGAAAGGAGAUCCUUCUCCAGCUAGAUCAGGAGAUCAACAAAACCCAGAAGAAGAUAAGAGAGCAUUCAGUUUAGCAAGAUUCAUCCCAUUAUUAUCGGAAAGAAUCUACGUCAUCUCACCGUAUACUAGAAUGCAUCUAGUUUCUUGGUUGAUGGUUUUGGAUUCAGUACCGGAUCUAGAAUUAGUAGCUUGGUUACCUGAAUUCUUGGAUGGAUUAUUGAAAUAUCUCGCCGAUGGAAAUGUGGAUGUACGACUGGCUACUGAGAACGUGCUCGCCGAGUUCUUACGAGAGAUCAAAUACAUCGCUCAGGUUCAAGAGAAGCAAGCUGAAGCCGAAAGGGUCAGGAGAGAAACUCGUUCAAUAAGACCUAGAGGUAGUAGACAUACACUUGAAUCAGCAAUGGAAGAUGACGAAGAUGCGAUUGCCGAUGAAUCAAUGACCGAUCAAUCAGGAUACGAUGACCAAGACGGAGAGAAUGAUUGGGAAGGUGAAGGAAGUGGGAAUUGGGUUCCUGGUCAAGGUGUUUAUGUCGAUCAUGCUGCUAUAAUGGAUAUCAUCAUUCAACAUUUGUCAUACCCUGAUGAAUUAGUUCAAUCUACUGCUAUGGAAUGGAUUUUGACAUUCCUCGAAUUCGCUCAAAAUACUGUAGUAGCUUUUACACCUCGUAUAGUUCCUGCUAUCUUGCCCAACCUCGCUUCACCACAUCGACACAUCAAAUUAGCUGCUCAUGAGACCAACGGAUCUUUAUACCGGGUUAUCCAAUCUUUACCACUUCAAGUACAGCCAACGCCACAGUUCGCAUCUACCGCCACUGCUUUACCACCAAAUACAUCGGGCUCAGUCCCACCACCUAUAUCUUCAACGGCAGGAUCACCUCCAUCAACAUUAGCGUUAAGCGGAACCUCGCCUAAUCCGAUCAAGAAAGACUUCGCAUUGACAGAACCUCCUGACUCAGCUAAAUCAGCCUUAGUAUCUUCAAAUGCACCUGUGAACGAUCCAUUAGACGUCACAGCUCCUUCAACAACCAAAACCACCGCGUCAGGCAUAACCCAAACUCUUUCAGCUACGAAUCUGCAAUCACAUAAAUUGAAACAACCAUCUGGGUCAAUCGCUAUCGCAUCUGAACCUGUCACUCCCUCAACAGGUGAAUUCCCUUCUUCAAUCAAAUCGAAGUCUCAACGUCCAGAAUCCCCACCGUCUGCUUCGCAUAAUAGUGUCCUCACUUCCCAAGCCCCAUUGUCCCCAACAUUGGAACAAGGAGUUGAUGAUGUCGAUCCCUUCGAUGUAAGAGAGACUGUGAAUGUACUCACAUUGCAAUUCUUGAGUGAUCACGCAGAAACUAGAAUCGCUGCUUUGGAGUGGCUUUUGAUGUUGCAUCUCAAGGCACCCAACAAAAUCUUAUCAAGAGAUAGCGGUACAUUCCCAGCAUUACUCAAAACGUUAUCCGAUCCCUCAGAAGACGUGGUAAAACAUGAUCUUCAACUGUUAGCGCAAAUAUCAGCUUCAUCAGAAGACUCAUACUUCACAAGCUUCAUGGUUAAAGUACUUGAGCUGUUUUCGACGGAUAGGAGAUUACUGGAGACCAGAGGAAGCUUGAUUAUACGGCAAUUGUGCUUACACCUGAACGCCGAAAGGAUCUUCAGAACUAUAGCAGAGAUUCUAGAGAAAGAUGACGAUCUUGAAUUUGCGAGUAUGAUGGUCGUCAAGCUCAACAUGAUCUUGAUCACCUCACCAGAAUUGGCAGAUUUCAGAAGGAGGUUAAAGAACCUCGAGUCAAAGGACGGUCAAAUGUUAUUCUCGUCAUUGUAUAGAUCAUGGUGUCAUAAUGCUGUUGCUGCAUUUGCAUUGUGUCUACUGGCGCAAGCAUAUGAGCAUGCUUCCAACUUACUUCAAAUCUUCGCUGAACUCGAACUUACUGUUCCAUUGCUUGUACAAAUUGAUAAAUUGGUAAUGUUGAUAGAAUCGCCAGUAUUCACGAAUCUCCGACUUCAGCUUCUUGAACCUGAGAAAUACCCUUUCCUUCCCAAAUGCUUAUACGGCCUUCUUAUGAUAUUGCCUCAAAGUAGCGCUUUCAUCUCUUUACGAGCUAGAUUAUCGGUGGUUCACUCUUCGGGUUAUGUACCCAUCUCGUCGGCAAAAAGUUCUACUCCUUCAACAUUCUCCUCAGCUGCAGCAGCAACAAAAUCCAGACUCGGAAAUAAGGAAGAAAUCAGAUGGCAAGAGUUGUUAUCGCAUUUCCGAUCGGUUCAAGCUAGACAUGAAAAGGCAAGAAGAGCAUUACAUUCGUCUGAUUUACCUUCAUUAUCAUCUAUACAUUAUUCAUCGCCUUCACAAAGUGGAAUACAGGGUAUUCCAACCUCAGCUAUACUUACCAAUGGACAAAAGUCGACUUCCAAUCAAGGACAAGGACAAGGUGGAACGAUCAAAAAGAAAUCUGUUUCAUCAAGUGGAGGAUCAGGAUCAAGACAAAAUAGUGUCGAAGUGAGAAAUGGAAUGUCGCCUUUAAAUCCACGAAGAAUAACUUCAGGUACAGGUGCAGGUCCAGCUCCAAGCGUAAGCAUUGGAGGUGCAGUAGCUUCAAUGAACGCGAAUCAAGGUUUAGGUAUGAGAGCUACCAGUCCUACAUCAGGGAAAAGAAGGAUUUUAGGUGGUUUGAGAAAAUCUACAGGUGGUCCAGGUGUUUUGAAGGAAUAA